UUUUGAAUGAAGUCCUUUGAGCGACCUUGGCGGAAGGUCAAUGGGGGCGAAUACUUCGAAUACACUUGAUCAGUCCGAGGUUGAGGAAAUUGCACAAGAAACUGGAUUUUCUCCAAAACAAAUUUAUCGAUUGUACAAUAGAUAUUUGGCUUUGGACAAGACGAACGCCGGGUACUUGAGGCGUCAUGAUUUUCUAUUAAUUCCAGAAUUAGCCAUUAAUCCACUUGGCGAUCGAAUCGUGAAUGAAUUUUUUAAAGAUAGUCAAGGUGAAUUGAAUUUUCGUCAAUUUGUACGUAAACUAGCAAGAUUUCGUAAAGUUCGACCACAACAAUCUACUCAAUUUAAUAAUCAUAUGGAUGGUAAAAUAUCAAGAAAUGAAUUAUUGGGAAUGUUACAAAUGAUGGUCGGUGCUAAUAUUACUGUUGAACAGAUCAAUAAUAUCGGUGAACGAACAAUGGCUGAAGCGGAUCUUGAUGGUGAUUGCUAUAUAUCGUAUGCAGAAUUUGUACAAAUGCCAUCAUAUCAUGAUAUCUAGAACGUGUUGCAUACAUUCCUUGAAAUAUUGUUGUCACAUUACCAAAUAUGGUAGCAUAACCAAAUGCUUGUUUAUUAACAAAGAAACAAAAGAAAAAGAAAAAAAGAAAAGUCAGGUAGAAUGAAGUAAAUAAGAAUUCAAAGUUUCUCUAAUUUGAUGACGAGUAAUAAACAAGAGCCAGACUCUAAUAUAUGGACGAACCAAUCAGAAGCGCUUUAGAGAUUUCAAGGUUACGGCGCCAACUUCAGUGCUUAAUGCUAACGUACGAUCGGUUCACAGGGAAUUUUGUACAAAACGUGAUAAUUGACCGGCUAUAACAAAUCAAACGGCGAGAGUAUAAUUUGUGGACGAAUUACACUUAUAAGAAUUGUAUCCACUUUAUUUCCUUGGUUUUGUAUAGUAUAAUUUUACUCUAUACUGACUGUUUGCUGAAUGGCUAAUAUUUCUCAAGGUCACUGAAGGUCCGUUCAAAGGUCGUCCACAAGUUGUCUAACUAUGAUAUCCCAUACUAAGAAAAAACAUUUGUCCAUUGUUUUCUGGUGCUUCCUGAUUGUCUAACUAAAGGCUAUCAGUAAUAUAUAUAUGAACCAUAAGAUACUACUAAAAUGUCUCAAAUCUGUUUGAAAUUAUACUGAAUUAGCUAAAUAUUCUUCAAUAAAUUAAUUAUCAAUAAACGAGCUUAAAUAGAUGCCGAUUCUGUGGUCUAGAAGUUAAGCGUUAGUGCGCAUGAGACCGAAGGUAUUUGGUUCGAAUCCCGGAUGAAGGUUCGUGGAUGUACAUUGAUGAGGAGUCCCAUUCUAGGGCGAGACGGUCAUCUAGUGCUAACAGGUUUUUUCAUAGUGGUCUAGCUUUAAUCGACUCAUGAAUUCAACCAUUAAGAUUACUACAAUCUCCACAAACCACCAAUCUGAUAAUAAUCAUCAUGUGCUCACUACUGACUGAUUUCAAGAAAGUAUUUUUCUGGAGUUCUAGUAAGAAACCGUGACCAGUGGAGUUUUUAGUGUGGCCCUUUAUUUUGUCAUUUAGAUCGGAUGAUUUUUGUUGACGGGCUCUCCACUUUAGUGGCCCAGGAUCUGACUCCGAUUCGGUCAUAUGAAUGUUUGUUACCGCCUAUCCUCGUAUGUAAUCAUCGAUUUAAAUCGCGUUAGUCAAUUAUGAAAUUAAAUAAGUCAAAUAACAAGCGAUUGGAAUAGAGAGAAGCGAAACGACGCGCAAUCGAGAUGGCGAGUAAGCCAACUCCCAUUUGACACAGCGUUAAUCAAUAUUUAAUGUCAGAUAAAAAUAAGUUACAGAUAUGUGAUGAAUGGGAUAAUAAGGGCACACACAUAUGCGAUCAUAUAAAGACAGUAAAGACUGAUAAGCGAACAAUUAAUAAGGUCAAAAUAUGGCUCGCUUAGAAUGAAUAAGCUAGAGUAACGCAUAUGGACUUAUCAUAAUAACCGACUUUGCAAGUUCAACC